AUGGGACGGAAGAAGCUCUCCAUGAGGCUGAUCGAAAACCCCACCUCCCGACAACUCACUUAUACUAAGCGCAAGGAGGGCAUCAUCAAGAAAGCCGGCGAGCUUGCAGUGCUGUGUGACACCGACGUCGCCCUCAUCAUGUUUGCACCGUCUGGCCACCUUGCUAGCUUCGCUAGCAAUGGAAGAACUGAGGAUAUACUACUUCGAUUUGUUGACAGGCCAGAUGAGCUUAGAGGAGGGCCUAUCAAUCACCAAGAGGAACUUGAAGUGAAACUGGACAAACUCACUAGGAAACAACGUGAGUCUCAGGAAAAAAUGAGGUAUUAUGCACCUAACAUUGAAAAAAUCAAUUCAGCUCUUGAAGCAGGAGUUUAUCAACAAUUUCUUACAACUGCUAUUCAACGUAUCCAGACAUCAAAGGCCAAACUGCUAGGCAAUCAACUUGGUCACGAAAGGACUGAAAAUGUUGAGUUGCUCUUAUGA